AGAAGCAGAGAGAGCUGGCUCGGAAGGGCUCGCUGAAGAAUGGCAGCAUGGGAAGCCCAGUUAACCAGCAGCCCAAGAAGAACAACGUGAUGGCACGAACAAGGCUCGUCGUUCCCAAUAAAGGCUAUUCGUCAUUAGACCAGAGUCCAGAUGAAAAGCCACUGGUAGCCCUGGAUACGGACAGUGAUGAUGACUUUGACAUGUCCAGAUACUCCUCCUCGGGAUACUCAUCAGCUGAGAUCAACCAAGACUUGAACAUUCAGCUGCUAAAGGAUGGCUACCGGUUAGAUGAGAUCCCAGAUGACGAGGACCUCGACCUAAUCCCCCCUAAAUCGGUCAACCCUACCUGCAUGUGUUGCCAAGCCACCUCCUCCACCGCCUGUCACAUCCAGUAG